GGCACACCUUUCCUUUGACUUUUGAAGCUUAUUUUUCUUUGGCACUGUUCAAAGUUAAUAUACCCAACGGAAAGAAAGAAAAAAAAAAACUGCAGUAUGAGAUAAGAAUUGAAUGGCAGAAACUGCAGUAUUGUUUGCCCUCGGAGAAUUGUUCCAAUUCCUAAAAAAAGAAACAAAUCUUCUGAGAGGUGUACACACAGAUUUUACAGACAUCAAAGAUGAACUUGAAAGCAUUCAAAUCUUCCUCAAAGAUGCAGACAGAAAGGCUGCAGAUGAAGCAGACACUAAUGAUGGAAUAAGAACUUGGGUGAAGCAUAUGAGGGAAGCAUCAUUUCGCAUUGAAGAUGUUAUUGAUGAAUACCUUCGGCUGAUCCAUAGGGCCAACCCUCCUGGAUGCGGAUCAUUAGUCUGCAAGAUUGUAAGCCUAAUCAAAACUUUGAUUUCUCAGCAUCAGAUAGCAUCUGAGAUUCAGGACAUAAAGCUGUCAAUUCGUGGAAUCAAGGACAGAAGUGAAAGGUAUAACUUUCAAAUUUUACAUGAACCUGGAUCAUCAAGUGUCAGCAGCAGCACAGGAGAGGCAGAAAAUGGAAGAUGGCGUGAUCCUCGAUUAUCUGCCCUUUUUAUUGAAGAAACUGAAGUUGUAGGAUUCGAAGGCCCAAGAGAGGAAUUAUAUGGUUGGUUAUUGGAGAGUCCAGCUGAGCGCACCGUAAUUUCAGUGGUAGGAAUGGGAGGUAUAGGGAAAACCACUCUUGCCAAGCUAGUUUUUGACAGCCAAAAGGUAACAACACAAUUUGAUUGUCGUGCUUGCAUCGCAGUUUCUCAAACAUACACCGUGAGAGGGUUACUCAUAAACAUGAUGGAGCAAUUUUGUCGGGAAACUGAAGACCCUCUUCCGCAAAUGUUACACAAAAUGGAUGACAAGUCAUUAAUUAUAGAAGUGAGGCAAUACCUGCAACAUAAGAGGUAUUUGAUAUUCUUUGAUGAUGUAUGGCAAGAAGAUUUUUCUGACCAGGUUGAAUUUGCCAUGCCUAAUAACAAUAAAGGUAGUAGGAUUAUAAUCACCACAAGAAUGAUGCUUGUUGCCGAAUUUUUCAAGAAAUCCUUUAUAGUUCAUGUUCACAAACUGCAACUCUUGCCUCCAAACAAAGUAUGGGAACUCUUCUGCAAAAAAGUAUUUAGAUUUGAACCUGGUGGGCAUUGUCCACUUGAGCUUGAGGCUGUAUCAAAAGAAAUUGUUAAAAAAUGCAAGCAGCUACCUCUUGCAAUUGUAGCCAUUGGUGGUCUACUUUCAACAAAAUCUAAAACAAUGGUUGAAUGGCAAAAGGUGAGUCAAAAUUUGAGCCUAGAGUUGGAACGUAAUGCCCAUUUAACGAGUCUAACAAAGAUUUUGUCACUUAGUUAUGAUGGCCUGCCUUACUACUUGAAACCAUGCAUUUUGUAUUUUGGUAUAUAUCCAGAGGACUAUUCUAUUAAUCAUAAGAGAUUAACUCGUCAAUGGAUAGCUGAAGGGUUUGUUAAGUAUGAUGAGAGACAAACUCCCGAGCAAGUUGCAGAUGAGUACUUGUCUGAAUUGAUUCACAGAAGUCUGGUUCAGGUCUCAAAUGUUGGCUUUGAGGGGAAAGUUCAAACAUGUCAAGUCCAUGAUUUAUUGCGGGAAGUGAUCAUUAGAAAAAUGAAGGAUUUAACUUUUUGUCAUUGUGUGCAUGAAAAUAGUGAAUCAAUUGUGGUUGUAAAAACUAGACGCCUGUCUAUAACCACUAGUCCCAGCAAUGUGUUGAAGAGCACCGAUAAUUCACAUUUUCGUGCUAUUCACGUUUUUGAAAAAGGUGGAUCGUUGGAGCAUUUCAUGGGUAAACUGUGCUCACAGUCUAAGAUUUUGAAGGUACUUGACAUUCAAGGUACAUCAUUGAAUCAUAUUCCCAAAAAUUUGGGGAAUCUUUUUCACUUGAGGUACAUAAACCUACGGAACACAAAAGUAGAGGCUCUUCCUAAAUCUGUUGGUGAGCUACAAAACUUAGAGACGUUGGAUUUAAGAGAAACACUUGUGCAUGAGUUGCCAAUUGAAAUAAACAAGCUGACAAGGUUACGACAUCUACUUGCUUUCCAUCGUAACUAUGAAGAUAAAUAUUCUAUUUUAGGCUUUACAACUGGUGUGCUGAUGGAAAAAGGUAUUAAAAACUUGACUUCCCUACAAAAUAUUUGUUAUGUCGAGCUAGAUCAUGGGGGAGUAGAUCUCAUUGAAGAGAUGAAAAUACUAAGGCAGUUAAGGAAGUUAGGUUUAAGGCAUGUAAGAAGAGAACAUAGCCAUGCCUUAAGUGCGGCAUUAGUAGAGAUGCAACACCUUGAAUCACUUAAUAUCACUGCAAUAGCAGAGGAUGAAAUUAUUGACUUAAACUUUGUGUCAUCCCCACCCAAACUUCAGCGACUUCAUUUGAAAGCCAGAUUAGAGAGGUUACCUGAUUGGAUUCCAAAACUCGAGUUUCUUGUUAAGAUAAGGUUAGGUUUAUCCAAGCUGAAAGACGAUCCAAUGCAGUCACUGAAAAACUUGCCAAAUCUGUUGAAGCUCUCUUUGUGGGACAAUGCCUAUGAUGGCGAAGUUUUGCAUUUUCAAAGUGGAGGAUUUAAAAAAUUGAUGACACUGAAUCUUAGUCGCUUGAGUAAAGUAAAUUCCAUUGUUAUAGACCAUGGAUGUUUGCUUUCUCUUGAACAUCUUAGACUGGAAAUAAUCCCCCAAUUGAAGGAGGUACCCUCUGGCAUCAAGCCCAUGCAUAACCUCAAAGACAUUUACAUCACUGAUAUGCCAGCUGAAUUCGCUAAGAGCAUUGAUCCAGACGAAGGACAAUACUACUGGAUCAUCAAGCAUGUACCUAUUGUAUUCAUUCGCCACUGGAUUGGUCCAAACCUACUUGAUUAUGAGAUUCACACUAUCCACUCAUACUCAGGGGAGUCACAAAAUAUUUGACAAUGCCUUGGUGUACAAUAAACUUCAAAAUAUUAAGAAAUCCGGAGCCUCCAUGUUACAGUUCAAACAUGACGCAUUUUGUUCUUCAUUCCAUCUAUAGUGCUUGAGUUCAAAAUAAAAAAUAUCUUCUCUGUGGAUUCCAUUCACCUAGUGAUUUUGUUAUUUGUGGUGUUGUAUGAUUUAGUUUUGGAAUUUUUCAAUCAAAACCUUGUAAAUAAGACCUAUAUAAGGACUCCGUUCAGGUACAUCAUUUUGAUAUUUCUUUCCUAUUUUUUCCAUUUGUGGCGGUUAAGAUUGGUGGGAGAUUUUAUUCAAUCCUUGUAAUAAUUGAAACCUCUUCAUUUGAAUGAAUAUAUUUUUAUUUGUUAACCAAGAAUAA